UUUACAAAGAGACAACCUUGUGAGGCAAACACAAGGAAGCAGAAGGAGAGAGAGGAGACUAAACAACAAGAUUCCACACACUUACAUUUACAAUUACAGUUUGGGUUACUUUAACCUGGCUGUAUUUUUUUGUGUUUUGUUUUGUUUUGUUGAGUUUGUCGUCGGUGUUGCUUUUUCUUUAUUAUGACCAAGCAGAUGUGAGUGUACUUCACGCAGAUUUUGAGGAGAGUAACACAUCAGCUUUUAAAAGGCGAGCGUACUAGUUUGCUCCCCUUUCUGCCAAUGUGCCUUAAGAACUUAAUUUUCAGCACAGUGGAAUGUGCAGCUUAUGUUUGUGCUAGUCAGGUAUUUUAACUCAACUAAUACUAAUUCCACCCCCCCAAAGCCUCUUUUUCUGCAUUGGGUGAGUGCAAGAACCAGGGGUGGCUCUGUCUAAAAGGCUUGACAGGUCUCUUGUAGUAAAUAGCAUUUAAGUAAGUUGCUGGACACUCCUCGUCAAGUUUAACCUUGAUAAAAUAAGAAGAUGCAAUUGUGUGAUCCCAACAGCCUCUGCUUUGCUCAAUAAAUGGUUUCGGAGGCCCUAUGAAUGCACGUCUGACUACAGAAGCUUUAAAGAGGUCUAAGCACGAAUUGAAUGGUUUUUACAUAAUGACAGCUGAAGAUUCCACUGUCACCAAGAGCAACAGUUCCUCCAACAUGUCAGCAUCCAACGUCCCAGAAGGAGUAGCCGGAGCCCCCAACGAGACCGCACUGCUAGCCCUGAUGGAGCAUUCGGGAUACGGGAUGGUCCAAGAAAACGGACAGCGAAAGUACGGCCCGCCGCCUGGCUGGGAAGGCCCCUCACCUCCCCGUGGCUGCGAGGUCUUUGUGGGAAAGAUCCCUCGAGAUGUAUAUGAGGAUGAGCUGGUCCCUGCGUUUGAGACUGUGGGGCGCAUCUACGAAAUGCGAUUGAUGAUGGACUUUGACGGGAAGAACCGGGGAUAUGCUUUUGUCAUGUACACGAAGAAGCAUGAGGCCAAGCGAGCUGUCAGAGAGCUCAACAACUACGAGAUCCGUCCAGGCCGGCUGCUCGGGGUCUGCUGCAGUGUGGACAACUGCAGACUCUUUAUCGGGGGCAUUCCCAAGAUGAGAAAGCGGGAGGAGAUCCUGGAAGAGAUCUCCAAAGUGACAGAAGGCGUGUUGGACGUGAUUGUUUACGCCAGUGCUGCUGACAAAAUGAAGAACCGGGGCUUUGCUUUCGUGGAGUAUGAGAGCCAUCGGGCCGCUGCCAUGGCCAGGAGGAAGCUGAUGCCUGGUAGGAUCCAGCUGUGGGGGCACCAGAUCGCAGUGGACUGGGCCGAACCUGAGAUUGAUGUGGAUGAAGACGUCAUGGAAACAGUCAAGAUCCUCUACGUCCGCAACCUGAUGAUAGAAACAGCAGAAGAGACCAUCAGGAGCAUCUUUAGCCAGUUCAACCCAGGCUGUGUGGAGCGGGUUAAAAAGAUCCGAGACUAUGCCUUUGUGCAUUUCACCAGCAGGGAUGAUGCUGUGAACGCUAUGAACAACCUGAAUGGAGCUGAUCUUGAAGGGUCCUGUAUAGAGGUUACCUUGGCCAAGCCAGUAGACAAAGAGCAGUACACCCGGUACCAGAAAGCAUCAAAAGGAGCAGCACCAACACUAGCACCAGCACCAGCACCAGAGACACCGCAGCCAAACUACGUUUACCAGUGUGACCCCUACACAUUGGCGUAUUAUGGGUAUCCCUAUAAUGCACUGAUUGGUCCCAACAGAGAAUACUUUAUUAAAGCAGGUACUGUAAGGGGCCGUGGGCGAGGGGCGGCUGGGAAUAGAUCCUUGGGUCCCAGAGGCUCCUACCUGGGGGGAUACUCUGCAGGCCGUGGCAUCUACAGCAGAUACCAUGAAGGGAAGGGCAAGCAGCAGGACAAAGCCUAUGAACUGAUACCCAACUUGGAGCUGACUGCUGUCAACCCAGUGGGCAUGAAACCCGGCACAAUGGCAAUCCCUGGGUUGAGCGGCCAGUAUUCAGUGUUUUCAGCUGGUCCAGCAACUAAGCUAAUGGAAGACUGCAAGAUGCACACAAUGGAGCACCUAAUCAAUCCUCUUGCAGUCCAGCAUGAUCCCUCAUGUGCUGCUACAGCAACAGCGAUCCUCCCUGCUGUGUCCACACCCCCUCCAUUCCAGGGUCGGCCCAUUACUCCAGUGUACACGAUGGCACACAAUCUUCAAAGAAUUCCUGCUGCCAGUCUCUACGGUACAAGCUACCUGCCCAUAGCAAACCCAGGAGCGUCAGCCACCCUCGCAGCGCUACAGAAAAACGCAGCUGCAGCUGCAGCGGCUGCUGCCUACGGAGGCUAUGGCAGCUACGCCAGCUACGUACCACAGGCGUACCCUACAGCCACCUUUCAGGUCCCUAUACACGAUGUCUACCAGACAUACUAAACACUCGCACAGGAAACCCUGAUGGGACACUUUAGUAUUUAUGAAGAGGGAGCCCCGCGAUGAAUGUUUUUUUUUUUUUUUUUUUUAAAUAAAGACUCCGAGAAACUUCCAACUGGAAAUGAAAGUGAAGACUUGAAUAAUAUUGUGCUUGCAUGAACUUAAAUAGAAAAUAUAUAGAAAAUACAUAUUUCAAGGAUAUACUUAAGGUUAACGUAUUCAUAUUAGAACUAUUAUUAUAACUGAAAUGCCAUUUUAUUUGACAGGUAUUGAUAUCGUCCGUCCAUAGCUGUAAGUGUGUAGGUUAUUCUUAUUAUUUGAAGGUUUUUAUUUGAAGUUCUUUGGUACAAAGGUUUUAAGUGUAUCUGCACUCCAGCUACUGUUUCUGUUAUAUACACAGUAGUGCCUUUUAUAAAACUGAAAAAGCAGUUUGACUAAAAACAUUGUGUCUUCAAAGCAAUAGAACAAUACAUGUUUUCAUUCUCAUUGCUCCAGAAAGUUAAGAUUUACUAAAUUAAUCUAUUCGUUUCUAGAACUAUAAUACAAAAAAAAAGGGGUGUUUUGGCAGGCUUUAGUUAUAACACCACUGACAGGCACCAUUGCAUCCUGUAUAACUAAAUGCAAUACUAAUAUAAAAACAGCCUAAGACAGACAACCAAAUAGGUUUGAACUGAACGAUUUAUAUUCCCGGUCAGGUGAAACAAGGCUUAAGGCAUAUGGGAGUUUACACUGUAAAAAGAAAGUGACUAUGCUCAUACCCUUAAAACUGCCAGUCUCCAUCGACUGGAAAUAUCAGACAGAUAAUAUCUGUUAAUAUCGUCAGGCUUGAAAUUCCAAUCAUUCAAGCAUUUAGUUUAAAACAUACCAAAUACCCAAAUGCCUACAUAAACAAUAUAGAAACUUGUAUAUUGUACCUCAAAAAUGCCGUGCCUUACAACAGGAAGUCAAAUACUGUUUCAUAUGCUGUAAAGCCUGUUUUCUCAGUGGUUUUCAACAAACCCAAAAUUAAAUGCCAUUCAUUUUUGCAAUGAGUAACAAACAGUAAAAUGAUAUUUCAGCAUACACUGAAGUACACAAUUAGCAUACAUUAAAAUCAUCUAUUGGCUAAUAUUAAUGGCACAAUAAUAGGGUUUAUAGUAAAUAAACAUACACUGUGCAGGAAACAAAAUACCUGGCGGUUUUAGGAAAUGGUGAACAUUGUCCUGAAACUCAAUGCUUUAAAGUAAACGUAGACCCCCCACCCCCCCCCCAAAAAAAAAAAAAAAAAACAAUUUUGUGUUAUUUAAAAUAUAUGCUUAGACAUUGUUUGUAGGCUGGCUUUUGUUCAUUUUAAAUGUUUUCUUUCGCUUUUAUUUAAGAUUUUUAUAAUGUGGUGGGGAAUGCCUGUAUUUUGUAUUAUUUUAUUUUAUUUCUUGGACAAGACCCACUCUCUUGUCAGAAGGAGUUCUACUGUAUACCAAUGACCUCUAUCAUGUCAAAGCAUAAAUUCUGAAAACAGAUUGAGGGAUGUGUACAAAAAUGUGGUAUGUAAAUAUGUUGUGGUCUAAAAUACAUUUUGAAUAAAACAUUGUUUAGUGUGUCAGGAAUGCAUGGUAUGUGGUUUACCACAGCAUUUUACCAUUUAUUUCAAUGUUAUCUAAGAAGGUAUUAUUGUCAGGUUAGGAAGAUUAUCAUCGUAGUGUUUAUGGCCUGUUUUAAAGGCGUCAUUUUGGAAAGUACAAUCAAUUAAAAUGUGGCCUUCCUGCUUCAUGGUUGCUCUUUCUGGGUACAUUUCAGACAACAUGAAGUGUGUGAGGGAACAAUCUUAUUAAGCAUUAUAUACCUUCAACAUGGGAGUGGUGAACAUUAUUUGGCAUGUAUUUUUUUUCAAGCAAACAGUAAAGAAAACAAUUUGCGGGUCUCAACAAAGUUAGACCGAACAGUAAGAACAUAAGAACAUAAGAAAGGUUACAAUCUUGCUCGUUUGGUUGUUAGUUAGUAGCUUAUUGAUCCCAGAAUCUCAUCAAGCAGCCUCUUGAAGGAUCCCAGGGUGUCAGCUUCAACAACAUUACUGGGGAGUUGCUUCCAGACCCUCACACCACUUUCUAUGCCACACAUGUUUUUAAUUAACUGAAUUCAAAUGCAUAGAGGUUGGUUGCAUGUGGUUUGUGUGCAGAUGUGUAAAAUGGAGCUUAAGUACUCAACAAGGCUUAACGUUAUGCUGUUCAGAUUCAGAUAAUAUAUACCGUAGAUUAAUUUAAAGAGAAUUGCCUGUUAGGAAACUUCCUUCCCCCUUUUCCAGAAAGCCUUUCUCUAACCCAUUUCAUUUACACUACAAGAGUAGUAUUUUAACUCCAAAUGUGUGUUCCUUGGUACUGAAACAAACAGGGUGUGCAUAGUUUUUUUUUAAAAAAAGUUAGUGUGCUUUCUUGACAAAAAAGUGCUUUACUAUUAGGCAUUUACAGUCUUUUAACUGUAUUUUUUAUUCUAUGUUUUUAAAAGCAUACAUGUUUAUUCAGGAUUAUUGCAUUUAUAUUUCCUCAGAAGUAGUCAAUAAAGCAUUUUAAAACCAAA